AUGUCCAUCUUCCUCCAGCCCACUCCCCCCGCGUUCAAGGACCUGUACGCUGUCUGCCCUGCCCAGGAUUGUAUCUUCUCACCGCUGACGUUCCUUUCUUCCGUCCCCUCCGCGCUGCUCCCGAUCUCUCCCACUUCCUGUUCUCCCACGCGCCGCUCGCCCCCCUUGCGCCUUGCCUUGCCCGCCGUGCCCGCCCGCCGUGCCCGCCUGUGCAUCCGCCGCUGGCUGUCGCGUCCACUUGGGCCGUUGGCGAUGGGCGACGCUUGAACGGCACGUUUGCGCAGUGGCAAAUCCGCCUCGGACUUGCUGAUCAAGGACCUGCCUCUGCACGGCAAUGCGAUCGAGGUCAAGGUGAGCUGUCGUGUGCAUCGGUUGUCGUGUCUCGCUCGUUUUCUGUCCCGCUGGCCGCCGGCGCCGCGGCCAAACAUGCGUCCACGCUCCACCAUGAGCUGCGCAGCGUCGUGUUGUGCACCCCGGGAACUACCCUCUCACCGCGGUUGCAAAUAGUCAACCACUGAGCGAGACGGGUCUUCAAGGGGCGAGUGCCAUGCACCGCUCUCGCACGGUGGGGUCUUGUCUUUUCCUCCCGGAAACGCCGCUUCGGUCCGGUCCUUGCUCGAUGCUUUCUUCUUGGGUCUUCUGAAAGAUCGUGUGUGCGACUUUGUCUGCCACGCGCCCACUUGCUUGGCCGGCACGAGCUCUCCGCUCGCGGGGUUUGGCUGCGGUUGGGCGAUCCUUGCAUUGGCUCCGCCCCGACUCUCCCCGACCGUUUGCUGCUUGCGGCCUCUACACGACGACCGCAACGGACUCGGAACGCAGUUGCGGAAGCCUGAAUUUUCUUGCAACCUUGCACCACAUCCUGCGGCCGAAGCUUGCGUUGAGCCUUCGCCGACCUCAUAGCGCUAUCGGGACCGUGGACGGGCGACCCCCACGUGGCGCGCUCCCGCACAACCGUCACCACAACGUCCCGAACGCAUGCUGAUCGAUUCUCCCUUGACCUUUGCUCUCCAUCCCAGACCCGAGCGCCCAACAACGUCGACUUCAAGGUCGCCGGUGUGCGCGAUGCCAAAUCCAAUCUCAUUGUCGGUGACCUCGAGGGCAAGUAUUCGGACCCCAAGAACGGCGUCACCGUCACCCAGACCUGGACCACGUCCAACAUCCUCAAGACCCAGGUCGAGUUGGAGAACCAGAUUGCCAAGGGUGCGUCCUCCAAACAUACUUUUUGCUGGUCAGGGCGGCAUGCGACCGGAUCGUGCUGAUUCGGUCCGUGACCGACGAUAUAUCUCUCCCAUCUUAUAUUUGCAGGCCUCAAGCUCGACAUUCAGGGCCACCUCUUGCCCGCGACCCAGGCCAAGUCGGCCUUCGUGACGGCCAUCUACAAGCAGCCGUCGUUGCACACCCGCGCUCUCCUUGACGUGUUCAAGGGCCCCACCUUCACUGCCGAUGCCGUGCGUCCCUCUUUGCCUCAGCGCUCCCCGUUGGACUAGCCCGAGACAAAUGUCCUGAUGUGUUUUCCACUGCAGACCGUCGGCCGGGAUGGUUUCCUCCUCGGUGCCGAGUCGACCUACUCGGUCCCCUCGGGCUCGAUCACGCGCUACGCCCUUGCCGCCGGUUACGCCGCCCCGUCGUACACCGUCACCGUACACGGCCUGGCCAACUUGUCGGUCUUCUCCGCAUCGUACUACCACAAGGUCAACAAGGAUGUCGAGGUUGCUGCCAAGGCUAUCUGGGACUCCAAGGGUGCUGCCACGCCCGGUGUCGAGUUCGGCUCCAAGGUCUACCUCGAUGUAAGUUCUCAGAGAAAUGACGCGCGUGAAUCGCGUCGCUUACGAUAUCCGACGUCUAAUGUACCUUACAGAACACGGCCUUCGUCAAGGUCAAGGUAAGCAUUCGUUUGCCCAUGCGCUGUUAGUUCGGUGCUGACAUCGUGCCUCCAUCUCACCACCGUAGGCCAACAAUGUCGGUGUUGUUGCUUUCGGCUACACCCAAGCGAUCCGACCCGGUGUCAAGGCCACCGUCGGCUUGGCCGUCGACACCACCCAGCUCGUUAGUCUAUGCCCUCGCUUCCGCUACACUGCCCAGGCACACACUGAUGUGCUCUUCACACCCAAUCCUACAGGAGGCCGCUGGCGCAGCUCACAAGAUCGGCACCUCGCUCGUCUUCGAGGCUGUAAGUCGAUGACCGCGGCGAAUGUGAAACAUCUGCGCACCUCACUGACACGAGGACCCUUGUCAUCUUUGUGCAGUAA